ACACCUUUUUAAAGUUUUACAGGUUAUUUCAAAGAAUUAUAGUUUUUUAUUCACGAUGAAGAUGUUGCUGGCGCUGUACAUAGUAUGGGCAGCUGUACUUUCAGAUAAGGGAUACGUUGAAGGAUUCCAAAGGCCUUUUCAGUGUAACGCAAAUAGGAUGAUAACUAUGGGAUAUCCAGCGAUAUCAGGUCCUAAAUCUGUUAAUGAUCGGAUUGCCAUUGUUGGAGCAGGGAUAAGUGGAGUACAUAUGGCGUCUCUUCUAAAGGAGAGGGGUUUCAAAAACGUCAAAAUUUUUGAACAGCGAAACGAGGUUGGAGGAAAAGCAUAUUCGCGAUUUUACAGGGGGGUAUACAAUGAGUUUGGAACAAUUUUCAUGACGGAUACCUACGAUCAGGUGGCCAGGCUGGUCCGGAGAUACACUCCUCGAUCCAGAAUUAAAUCCAAAAACAAGUCUUCUUUAAUGGUCAAGGAUUUCGAAUUUACGACCUGGGCCGAACGUUUGGCACUGAAUACCGGAGAAAGAUCUCCUCAGGCUGCCCUCAGAAAAAUUAAAGCUACCGUGGAAAGGUAUGACAGAAUCCAUCGCUGUCUGUUUGGAAACUAUUCCUUCGAACUUAUGCCUCGGCCAACACCUGAUGUUAUGCGACAAAUUCAAGGAACUGUACAGGAUUUCUUGGAAAGGCAUGAUCUGAUGUUAAUAGCACCUAUUUUCCGAACGUAUUUAACAACGAAUGGGUAUGGAUUUAUCAAUGAUACUGCAGCUAUAUACGGUUUGGCUUGGGUAAUACCGGAAGUUAUUAAAGGCACAUUUACACCUGAAAAUGGUUUCUGGAUAUUAGAAGGAGCAUUUCAAUCCAUCGUAACCGAGAUGGCUAAGCAAAAUAAUUUGAAUGUACAUCUUGGAACCAAUGUCGAAAGGAUUCAAAGAUUUCCUGGUCCUGGGGGUAUACAAAUAACAUACUCAACGAAGGGACACCCAACUAUUAGGACGGAAAAUUUCGAUUUUUUGAUCUUAUCUCCGGCCAUGAGUUCUUUGCUGAAUAUUGUGGAUUUCAACGCAAAGGAAAGGAAUUUAUUUAGCAGACUGUAUAAUGGAAACUUUGUUACGACACUGAUCGAAUCUGACAAUGGCAUUCGCGGCAACGAUGCACAGACUUAUUACAACGAUGCGGUUGAUCAAGACAGCUACCCGGUGUACUUAACCUAUAAUUUCUACCACGCCCAGAACAACAUUACGAGGGAGGACCAUCGCCUAGGGAUUCGGGAAAACGGUCCUGAUAGGAACCCGCAGGAAACGCAAAUGUAUUACCAGUAUGGAUAUGAAAAGCCUUGGGCAAAGGAUACCGAUUUUAUGAUCCAGUCCAAAUUAGCUGCAUUCUUGAAAAAAUUUAGAAAAACUAAUCCAAGAAUUUUGGAACAAAUAAAAUGGGGGUAUUAUUUUCCAAGAUUUUCCGCGGAAGAUGCUGACCGUGGGUAUCUGUGGGAUGUAUUAGAUAUGCAGGGUCAGUUUAACACCUGGUAUAUAGGGUCCUCAGUGAGCUUUGAAAGUAUGGAGAGUGUGAUAGAAUAUAAUAAUCUGUUAAUGAGUUUAUUUUAUUCAUAA